AUGGCUCGCUUGAGUAACAACUUGAUCGGGUUCUUAAACAUUCUGACUGCGGUCCUUUCGAUUUUUAUAAUCGUCAUAGGGUUUUUCUUUAAAUUUAAAGGAUUUUCCGAAUGCCAGAAGCUCCUGCAACUUCCGCUCCUGAUAUUCGGAGCCUUCUUGCUCUUCGUAUCGUUGUUGGGUUUGAUCGGUUCGUGUUGCCGGGUGUCGUACCUCCUUUGCUUUUACCUCUUUGUGAUGUUCCUUCUCAUUGUUGCAACCUUCGUUUUCACCAUCUUUGCCUUCGUAGUGACCAACAAAGGCGUUGGCAAAGUGAUAUCGGGAACAGGGUACAAGGAGUACAAGCUUGGCGAUUACUCCAAUUGGUUGCAGAAGCAUGUCGUCGAUGGCGACAAAUGGAACAAAAUCAAGAGUUGCUUGAUUGAUGCUCAGGUCUGCCGGAGUCUCGGACAGGAUGCUAACCAGAGGACCUCCCAUUUCUAUCAGAAGAACUUGUCUCCGAUACAGUCGGGUUGCUGCAAGCCCCCAACUUACUGCAAAUUCAUAUACAAAAAUGCAACCUUCUGGAAGGUGCCUAGAUCGGGCCCAGCUGUUCCAGACAGCGACUGCACAGCGUGGAGCAACCAGCAGCAGACGCUGUGCUAUGGAUGCAAGUCAUGCAAGGCAGGGUUCCUGGCUAACCUGAGGACUGGGUGGAGGAAGAUCGCCAUUGUCAACAUCUCUGUCCUCGUCUUCAUCAUGCUUGUCUACACUAUCGGAUGCUGCGCUUACAGAAACAGCCGAGAAGACCGCUACCGUUACCAAGGAGCCUAUCACUAA